AUGGCUUCGUGGGAUGAUUUCGAUCAAAUCUUCGCUUUCAAUAAGAAGUACUCUUAUGAGCCAAAAGUGGUCGAUCAGAUUCUCUCCAGUCGGCGUGCACUAGAGAACCAGCUCUUCGCUGACCGGCUGCUGGGACUGCUCGGCAUCAAAGGAGUUUCCAAGGUUUACCCUCCCAAGACCAAUGCCGACCUCCGAUCUCUCGUGGACCACAUUGUGUCCUCGGCCCUCGACGUCCAUCACCAGCAGGCUUUGAUCUACUACAUUCUUAAGGACUGUCGCGGAGCUCCUGAAGCUGCGCCGCAGUUCGCGCGACUCUGUCACCUGCCGGAAAAGUAUCGUCUCUUCAUUGAAGGCCUCUGGAACUUGGACCGGCUCGAGUUCCGGGUUAGUGUGCAUGAUCUUUUGCUUUUGGAGGGGAAGUCUUUGCUAACCAGUAUAUGGCCCCAGCGAGCUGUCGAGUACUUGACCGAACCCUCUCUCAUUCCUACUUUCCCCGACGAAAUUCUCUACACCUUGACGCUUUCCAAACUCCCAAAACAUGACGACAGUCUCGCAAUCGCAUACUACCUCACCGCAGCUCCCCCUCUUGCCAGCGAGAAGGUCCAGCGCGCCUUCUUUGAAACGCUGAGUCGGUCAAAUGUGACCGAGGCUUUUUACUUUAGCCGCAAACAUGACGAGUUUCACCGUCGUAGCUACUUCGAACAGCUAGUCGAAUUUGUUCACAAGGCUCCAUCUGGUCAAGCACGGAGCAGGCGGGCCAUGGAACUUGUUGGCCUUCCCCUUGAUGAGGAUGAGGAGGAAUGGUUCGAGAACGUGUUGCUUCACGGAAAUGCAAGCACGCUCCCUGGAGCCAAGGACACCGUGAUGAUGCGACGUCUUGCGACUGGGCGACUCGCUGGACUCUCACCCGAGCUCGAGUCGUUGGGUGGAAAGAAGGUGGACGGGCUGAACUGGGACGAUCUCCGGGAAAGCAUGCGACACACCCAGACCAUAUACCCAGCCAGCGGUGGUAUGUCAGAGUAG